AUGGACAUCGCGCGCCGAGAGAUCUUCGGUCCGGUGCAGCAGAUCAUGAAGUUCUCGCAGAUCGACGAGCUGCUGGAGCGCGCCAACGACACGUACUACGGCCUCGCCGCCGCCCUCUUCACCGGCGACUUGGACAAGGCCAACUAUCUCAUCCAGGGCCUGCGCGCCGGCACCGUUUGGGUGAACGACUACAACGUUUUCGGCAACCAAGUGCCGUUCGGCGGCUACAAGCAGUACGGCAUCGGCCGCGAGAACGGACCCUACGGUAUACGCAAUUAA